UCAAAUUAUGUUUAUCGGAAUUUCGUCGAGUUUUCGGAGUGUUGUGAUUUUAUUUUGAUGUGGAAGUGUUCCAGGAAAAAUGCCCAGGAAUGGAGGAUGAAGCGAUAAAUUUGACAGUGAUCAAUGAAGAGAUACGCAGCAGGAAGCACACAAUGCGCCUCUGCCUCGGGAGUGAUUCUGAUGAUAAAAAUGCUGUUGCAGUUGAUCAAACCCCCACACCUACGAGAUUGAUUCGAAAUUGCGAAGAAGUUGGGCUGUUUGAGGAUUUGAAGCAUGUGAAUCCCUUUGAGGAAACUUUCCGGAGAGCUGUUGAGGAUGCAAAGACUCCCAGUGAGACUCUCACACUGCCCGAGGCAGCUGUUUUUGAUUCAACGGCUAAAAUUGUCUGCGAAGACACUCUGCACACUCCCCAGAUUUUCCCAUCGAACUAUUUUCCCGUGGAAAACCACGGGAGUGGUCCGGAAAAGGCGGAAACUGCCACAGAGAAGGAGGAAAAGGUAGAAAAUGUGCGGAAGAAGAGAAAUUGGAUGCCACAGAAUUGGAAACCGGAAAUAAAGGUGCACAAAGCACCGAAGAUCCUCCCUAAAUUCCCCACAUCCCCGCAAAUCCUUCAGCCAGCUAUUAUCAUUCCACCGACUGUUAUUGUGAAGUGUGUGAGUCCCAGUGUUCUGGUGCAAAAGCCUCCCGAGAGUACGUCUAGUAUUGUCAAGAAUAGACUGAAGAUCCUCUGUAGGGAGCAGGUCAAUGCCCGUCGUGUGAUGAAGGAAAAGGAAGGCUGUGAAAAGGUUCCGGAAGUAGUUGUUGCUGAGAAGAAAGUCACAAAACGUCCCAAUGUUGAGGUUAAGGAUAAGGGAAAUUGUGCUGCUGUCAAGAGAUACAGAGCAAAACUGAAAUCCUAUCAGGACUUCCUCAAGGAAAACAAUCAGAAGCUGCAAGAUGAGAAUGUUCAGCUUAAGCUGGAAAAUGACCAACUAAGAGAUCUCCUGCGGAAGCACAACAUAAGCAUACCGGAAGAACUAAUAUCCUCCAAAAUUAGCAAAUAAAUUGAAUAAAUUAAUUUUCUGUA